GCACAUGCAUAAGACUUUCUUCUUUCUCUCACCCCUAUUCUGUCCACCUUUCUAAUGCAAGAGUUAACCAGUAUUCUCAAUCAAUCACCACUAUUCUGUCCUCCUCUCAAUUGCAAGAGUUAACUCUCUGCCUCUCGUUGCCAUUGAUCAAUGACUCUCUUACAUAAAAUAAAUAAAUAAAAUAAUGAUAUAUAUAAAAUGAAUGACCAAUUAAAUUAAAGAACGAAAUUUUUGUAAGCCUAAUCUAGCCUAAUCUAGCCUAGCCCAACUUAACUGAACCCAGUGUAUCUGUCAGAUGAAAACAGAAUUGAGACACGUCUCAAUCUCUUUUUUUCGGUAUUGUUACACCAGGGGUAUGGGUGCGGGUGGCAGCACUGUGGAGUUGGCAGCACUGGGAGAAGCGGGAACAGGCAGAGAGGGGAGACGCGUGGCCAGAGAGGAGGCCAGCGUGUGCCUGCCUGCUUUGCAUUCAAGAGCAAGGGAGUGAGGAGAAAAGCUUAGUCCAGUCUGCUGUCUGUGCAUCAAGCCUGAGCUGGUCUGCUCCCACGGUGCAGCGUGUGGCAGUGUUAGCAGACACGGCUCUUGUCUGCACCUCAUCCUCUUAAAGAUAUGAGGUGGUGUGAGCACUGGGACAAGAUGAAGAGAGUACGCAGCAAGUUUGUGGAUGUUUUGCGGCUGCACGUGCGGGGUGGAGCGGGGGGCAUGGGUCUGCCGCGCCUCGGGGGAGUGGGAGGCGCAGGGGGUGAUGUGUAUGUGGAGGGGAAGGAAGGUGAAGCAUGGAGACACUGUGUCUGUUGUGAUGGGAAGUGACAUAGAGAGAUUAUGUUUGUUAUGACAGGAAGUGAGGCUUGGCAUUUAAACACUGUUAUGACAGGGAAUGAGGCUUGGAAACUUCCUUCUCACCCUGCUCUCUCUCUCACAGACCACUUCUCACCCUGCUCUCCCUCUCAUAGACCACUUCUCACCCUGUUUCCCUCUCACAGACCACUUCUCAUUCUGCUCUCCCUCUCACAGACCACUUCUCACCCUGCUCUCCCUCUCACAGACCACUUCUCACCCUGCUCUCCCUCACACAGACCACUUCUCACCCUGCUCUCCCUCUCACAGACCACUUCUCACCCUGCUCUCCCUCACACAGACCACUUCUCACCCUGCUCUCCCUCUCACAGACCACUUCUCACCCUGCUCUCCCUCUCACAGACCACUUCUCACCCUGCUCUCCCUCCCACAGACCACUUCUCACCCUGCUCUCCCUCUCACAGACCAUUUCUCACCCUGCUCUCCCUCUCACAGACCACUUCUCAUCCUGCUCUCCCUCUCAUAGACCACUUCUCACCCUGCUCUCCCUCUCACAGACCACUUCUCACACUGCCCUCUCUCACAGACCACUUCUCACCCUGCUCUCCCUCUCACAGACCACUUCUCACCCUGCUCUCCAUCUCACAGACCACAUCCCUCUUACCCUGCUCUCUCUGUCUCUCUCUUUCCCUCACAGGCCACAGUCUGCUGAAGCUGUGCAAGGCUCAGCCAGACCAGCAGUGGGUUGGGGCAGCUGGCAUGGACAGUUACAAGUAUCGCAUCUGUGGGGAGGCUGGCGCUGAGCUGAUCAUUCCUGUCCCUACAGGCACCACCGUCUGGCUCGAGCAGCACCAGAAAUUGCUGGGUGAGAUAAACUGUGCAGGAGACAAGGUGUUGGUGGCUUGAGGUGGGCAGAGCAGCAACCCCAGCAACCAGUACAAUGGGCAGAAGGGACAGGGACACAUUGUGAAGCUGAAACUGAAGCUGUUGGCUGAUGUGGGUCUGGUGGGCUUCUCUAACGCUGGCAACAGCAUUAGGGAAGCCUGAGGAACAGUGGUGUUCCUCAGGGUUCUGUCCUGUCACCCACUCUUCUUAUUAUUCAUUAAUGAUCUUCUAAACCAAACUUCUUGUCCUAUCCACUCCUACGCUGAUGAUACCACCCUGCACUUUUCCACAUCUUUUCAUAGACGUCCAACCCUUCAGGAGGUAAACAUUUCACGCAGGGAAGCCACAGAACGCCUGACUUCUGAUCUUUCUAAAAUUUCUGAUUGGGGCAGAGCAAACUUGGUAUUGUUCAAUGCCUCAAAAACUCAAUUCCUCCAUCUUUCAACUCGACAUAACCUUCCAGACAACUAUCCCCUUUUCUUCAGUGACACUCAAUUGCCCCCCUCUUCUACACUGAACAUCCUCGGUCUGUCCUUUACUUAUAAUCUGAACUGGAAACUUCACAUCUCAUCUCUAGCUAAAACAGCCUCUAUGAAGUUAGGUAUUCUGAGAUGUCUCCGCCAGUUUUUCUCAUCCCUCAGCUGCUAACUCUGUACAAGGGCCUUAUCUGUCCAUGUAUGGGGUAUGCUUCACAUGUCCGGGGGGUUCCACUCAUACUGCUCUUCUAGACAGGGUGGAAUCAAAAGCUUUUCAUCUCAUCAACUCCUCUCCUCUAACUGACUGUCUUCAGCCUCUCUCUCACCGCCACAAUGUUGCAUAUCUAGCUGUCUUCUACUGCUAUUUUCAUGCUAACUGCUCUUCUGAUCUUGCUAACUGUAUGCCUCCCUUCCUCCCACAGCCUCGCUGCACAAGACUUUCUUCUUUCUCUCACCCCUGUUCUGUCCACCUCUCUAAUGCAAGAGUUAACCAGUAUUCUCAAUCAUUCGUCCCUUUCUCUGGUAAACUCUGGAACUCCCUGCCUGCUUCUGUAUUUCCACCUUCCUAUGACUUGAAUUCCUUCAAGAGGGAGGUUUCAAGACACUUAUUCAUCAAUUUUUGACUACUGCUUUGAUCCUUUUAUGGGACUGGCAUUUCAGUGGCCAUUUUUUUUUAUUGGAUUUUUGUUGCCCUUGGCCAGUGUCCCUCCUACAUUAAAAAAAAAAAAAAGUCCACACUGCUGUGGGCCAUCUCCAGCGCCAGACCCAAGGUGGCCAGCUACCCCUCCGACCCUGGGUGUGGUGAAGUACAGUGACAUGCGGCGGCUGACCAUCGCUGAUCUGCAGGGACUCAUCGAGGGUGCCUACUCCAACAUGGGGAUGGGGCACCGCAGCCACCGCUUCCUGUGCCACGUGGAGUGGACACACUUCCUCCUCUUUGUGGUAGACAUCAACAGCUUCCGGCUGUCACCCAAACACCCAUACUGUUCACCCACCGAGAAUGUCAUGCUGGUCAACAAGGAGUUGGAGCUGUAUUCACCUGACCUGCUGAGUAAGCCAGCACUCCUUAUGGUGAAUAAGAUGGACUCCCCCAAUGCUGAGUCUUGCCUGCAGGAACUCCUUCACAACUUUAAGAGGAUGGAGGAUGAGUACAUGGGAACAUAAGAAUACAAGGGAAGCUGCAAGAAUCUGUCAACCCACAAUUGGCAUUUCCUGUUAGAAAUGCCUUCUGAUUUCUACCUAUCAUCCUCAUACCUAAAUUUAUUUGGUCUUCUUUUAAAAGCUCCAUAUUGACAGGACAUUAACAGCCAUAAGAAAAUAGGGGAAGCUGCAGGCAGCCAUCAGUCCUUAACAUGACAAUCCCUGUAUGAAACAUGCCUGCCUAUUUCCACCCAUCUCCCCCAUCCACAAGUUUGUUUAGUUUUCUUUUAAAGCUUCCUAACGACUCAGCACUAACAACCAGAUUACUGAGUCUAUUCUAUUCAUCAACCACUAUAUUUGAAAACUUUUUCCUUUGUAUCUCAUUUAAAGCUAGCUUUAUCAAGCUUGAACCCACUAUUUCUUGUCCUAUCCUGAUCACUGAACCUAAGGAUUUUGCUCAUGUCAUCCUUGUUAUAUCCCCUAAGUAAAGACUUGAGGGAGGAAGAGAGUAGAGACAUCUUUUAUCAUUAUCUUUUCAUCUCGCUUACUCCUUCAUUCCUGUUGGUUUAAUAUUCUGUGUUUGAAGCACCAAGCCAACUGAUUAUGUGGGACUGAGAUUGUUAUAGUUAUUUUAUACUAUAUUAGGUGAAUACCCUCUCCAUUAGGGGCUGAUAGGACUAAGAGUGUGAAUGAUGUGUGUAUGAGCGGAUGGUGCUUUGUCUGGGCCACCCUGUGUGGGAUUGCCAACCUGGUAUAUGGACAGAUGGACAGAUAGAUACAUGGGUCAAUAAUUUGGAGCUUGGAUAUGAAGAAAAUGUAAAACUAGUGGAGACGUUUCAAAGGACACAGGAAAAAAAGCUGCAGUGUUUUAGCCAUGUGAAGAGAAGGAAAGAGUCAUAUGUCAGGAGAAGUGUGAUGGAGAUAGAGGUGCAAGGCAGGAGAGCAAGAGGAGAACUAAACCUUAUAUGGAUAGACUGUGUAAGGGAGGACUUGAGACAGAAACAAUUGUCAAAGGAAAAUAUAUAUGACUAUGCUUGGAGGAGAGCUGGCAAGAACAAUGACUCUAUAGAGACUAGGGAAAAGAUAUCAAGAAGAAGAAAUUAUGGAGGUGUAAGAAUUAAUAAGGGAAUUAUCGAGGUGUUUGGGCUGUGGGAGGCUGUGGAAGACAGUGCCUGGAAGUCACCAAAUUCAGGGUAAACCUUCCACCAUGGUCCAGGAAGUCAUCAGCCAGUAGAGAUGAGUCCAGAGCCUGACAUGCCACCACCUAGUAGGAGGGAAUGUAUUUAUAAAUUUCUUGAAUAGAGUAUAGUUGUCUUACAGGGUUAAAUGUCUUGUAGGGAUUUAAAUCCUGCUAUAUUUACAGUCAGUGCAGGCCGAGGUGAUCUGGAAGUCACACCCUGAGCCUCUUUCCCUUCUAAUGUGGCUGCUGACUGGUGCUCUCAUAAUGUUCUUGACACUUCCUCAAAUAUAUUUAAGAUAUUUUCUAUCACCAUAUUAAUUAAACUUUCCCCAAACAGUUUUUUUUUUUCAUAUCAACAGGAAAACGGAGUAUUAAACCUUCUGGAAACAAAAAUGUGUCAGCAAUAAUUCAAGUCAAGGAUAACAUUGAAAAUGAAACAUAAUAUUGAAAAUGAAAACUGGAAUCAUGACGCCUCUUGUGGUUGAGUCGUCCCAGUAGUAGUGCAGUGACUCUCCUUCACUAGGAAUUACUAAAGACUAGUGUUUCUUAUUGUUACUGAAAAAGGACAGAAUAUAUUUUCUAUCUUAGUUUAAGUAAAUUAAAUAGAUGAAAGAAUUUUUGCCUUUGUCUUUUCACGAAAUAAGCCUCACUGGCUUUUGAAGUGAGAGUAAUGAGCUCAUUAUAAUUAUUUAGUGAAGCAUUCUCCAAAGUAAAGUCCUCUCUUUUGUAAAGAAUUUCCUGUAUGUAUGGAAUGAUAUCACAGCCUGUGUAACACAUUCAUUACCUGGUCAACCUACUGUGGGAGGGAACAUUGCUACCAUUCCAGUAUUUUGUAAAGUGUGUUCAUGUUCAUCUUUGAUUCCUGCACUUACAUGUGAAUCUUUCCUGUAAAUUGAAAAUGUUUUUAAUGCCUUUCUGCACUAAGUGACGUUUCACAUGAAGACAUUUUGAUGCAUGCAUUCUGUUCAUAAGAGGGUCUCAAGUGACAGUCAUAGUAAUGAUCACUGGACUGAUGACUGACGUCUGGGAAUGUCAAAAUGGUGACUAAGGAUGUCAGACUAUUGACUGGAGACUGGUGACUAAGAAUUUCAGAGUAGACUGGUGACUUAGGAUGUCAUUUAGGAUAGUGAGUAAUGAUGAGGAUCUUGAUUGAUGAGUGGUGACUGAGGAGUGUGAUUGGUGACUGGUGAUUGAAGGUGUGUCAUGGGUGACUUUAUGUAUUUGACUGGUAAAAUAGAAUGUCUCUUAGGAUAAUGAAUACUGACCAUGAUUUUUGACUGGUGAGUGGUGGUGUUCCUGGGUGGUGUUAACAACUGGUGUUCCUCACAGACUAUGUGUUGUGUUGCUCCUGUGGUGCCAAACUCACGGAGAACUCAUGGGAUAACUUUGUAAACAUCUCCAUUCCACUGUCUGAGGCAUCCCAGCUGGUGACCAUCCUGGGACACCCCCACCUCAUGGUCCAGACCCUCAGGAACCCUGCUGACCUUGCUUUUGACUUGGUGACUGUCAGGAGUGGGCUGCUCAGGAGUGGGAGAGGAUAUUUGAACCAGAAACCAAAGCCAGCACAACCCACUUCAAAGCUUCCUUGGAGGGUUUCUAUGGACUCAUUCUAGAGAAACUGGUCACUGAGAAAUUUUCAGACUCCUCAUUGGCCUUCCCAAGCACCAGCAGUUUUAGCACAAUGGCACAAGACGGGUAGGACAUGGUGCCUCUCGACCUCGAGCUUCUGGCUGAGCUGGAGGAGGAAGCAACCUCUCACUAUACUGAGGAGGAUAACCAGUUUACAGAGCACUGCAAGAAGAGCCUGCCUAAGCCGCCAAUACUCCCUGCUGACAGAUUUGACCGCAACAGACAGUGCAGAGGCAACUUUAGGCAUCAAGACUACAGGAAGGAAGGAGGCUGCAGGGAUCAAGGGGAGUACAGAGGUCAUGGGAAUUAUAGGGAUCGUGGGAAUUACAGGGAUCACAGGUGGGAAUAUUCUGACCACAGGCAAGGGAGGUUUGUCAGUGACCACAGAGAUCAUGAUGACAGCAGAAGGGAUAGCGAGAAGAGGAAGUACAGGUCUGAGAAGGAGAGUGAUGAGUAUGGAAGAAGGAAUUACCAGUCCAGCAAAUACUACAAUGGGUGGGGGGGGGGGGGGUGUCAUCCUGUUGAGUUUUGUGAAUCCAGUGGCUGGUAUAUUUAUCUUUCAUCAGGGACUUCACACAAGCUUCCACGCCAUUAAUUCUUUGAGCAGUAACCAAAGAUUACUGACAUUUAAUUUACAUUUAAAUGCCUGCCUGCCUGUCUGUUCAUAUCUUUCUCUCACAACGUACUCACCAUUCACUUGUGAACAUUUAGAUUUUUAGGAAAUAUUUUUGAGCAAGUUCCUUCAUCACAAGGCAACCAUCUACUAAAAAGAAAGAAAAAUGGAAUAUAUGUUGGCAUUUCCUUGAUUGCUUUUGGUGUUAGUGACUUUCCAGAGUGACAAUACAAGUGUUAUCCCCACUACAAGUCAUGCACUAUAUAUAACAUCACUGAGUAUCUUUUCUCUCAUUUUCAUAUAAAUGUUUGUAACAUUUUCAUAUAAAUGUAUGCUAACUUUUAUGUGGACUUACUGUAAGAUUUUUUAAAAGUAAAGUAUUUAUCCAA